GAAGGCAGGAAGGAAGAUGCGAUCUCUGUUAAGAUUUCAAAUUUCGGUGCAACUGUUAGUCAACGAUUUCUGGGUUUGUCUUAAUCUUUUAACUUUUUAGAUUUUGAAUUAGCUAUACGGAUUAUGAUAAUGCCAAAAAUGCUCCGCGCUCAUCGUACUGGCGGUUCUAUUUCCCGCAAAGUUCAUGUCUUCCAUAUUUAUUUCAAGCCUUGGUCUUCAAUUUCUUCAUCUGCUUCAGUGAAUGAAGUAGAGUCGCAGUUAAGGUCUCUGCUUGCAAACCCUAAUCCUCAGUUUUCCGAGGCAGUUUCACUCUUUCACCGUUCUGUGGAUUCUAAUGUGGUGCCUUCUGAGUCAGCAUGUAGCUUUCUCAUUGAUAAUUUGAGGCGGGCGGAAUUAUAUUCCAUGGUCUUCUCGGUUUAUUCGAAGAUGAGCGUUGUCGGCGUCUUGCCGAGGUUCACUUCAUUAAGUAGUUUGAUUGAGAGUUUUGUGAAUAACCAUAGGCUCGAGUUAGCAUCGGGGGUUCUGGGGAUGAUGAUCAAGCGUGGUUAUAAAAUUAAUGUGUUUAAUAUAAACCAAAUAUUGAAGGGCUUUUGUAAAAGUAAUGAUAUUGGGAAGGCGAUGUACUUAUUUGGUGAAAUGAGAAGGAACGGUGUUCAACCGGAUAGCCGUAGUUACAAUAUACUUAUUGAUGGACAAUGUAAGGCAAAGAAUUUGAAAGAAGCAGUGAAUAUGUUCAUGGUAAUGAAGCAGGAGGAUUGCCCGCCUGAUAUGGUGACCUUUGCCACUUUGAUAGAUGGUUUUUGUAAGGAUGGGGCAGUGGAUGAGGCAUUGACUUUGUUGGAGGAGAUUGAGAAGAAAGGUUGGAGUGCAGAUGUAUUUAUGUAUAAUUCACUCAUCAAUGGAUUUUGUAGUAAAGGAGAACUUAAAAGGGGCAAGGAACUUUUUGAUAAUAUGCUCAGAAAGGGAAUUACUCCAAAUGCAAUUACUUAUAACUGUCUAAUUCAUAAUUUUUGCAAGAAUGGACAGGGGCAAGAGGUCUCUAAGUUGCUGAAAGAAAUGACAAGCCGUGGAAUUCAUCUUGAUGUUGUUGCAAACACAGCUUUGAUUGAUGGACUUUGCAAAACUGGGAGAGCUUCUGGUGCUAUGGAGCUGUUGAAUUUGAUGCAAAAAAAUGGGGAAGAGACAAAUACUGCUACGUAUAAUGCCAUGAUAAAUGGACUUUGCAAAGAAGGUCAGGUAGACAAUGCACGUCAGAUUCUGGAAAUGAUGAUCGAGAAGGGGAAGAAACCUAACAUAAUUACCUACAAUACAAUAUUAAUGGGACUUUGUGGUUUUGGGAAGCUUGAUGAGGCAAUGGACCUUUUCAAGCUAUUGUUAAGCCAAGAAUUCCAUGUGACCCCAGAUGUACGGACCUUUAAUUUUCUAAUUAAGGGACUCUGCAAAGAGGAACGCCUUGGUGAUGCUAUGGAGAUCCAUUCUGCAAUGGUUAAGAGAGGUUUCAUGGGUAACAUAGUGACUUAUAAUAUAUUGAUGGAGGGGUUUCUAAAUUUGGGAAAAUUUGAUAAGGCAAUGCAAUUCUGGAAAUGUGCAUUAAACUUAGGAUUGGUUCCAAACUCAAUGACCUAUAGUAUAAUGAUUAAUGGUCUGUGCAAAGUGCAUUUACUCAGCAUGGCAAAAGGAAUCUUUAUUAAGAUAAAGAUGGCUGGGAUUAGACCAUCAGUAUUUGACUACAAUGUACUAAUGAAAUCUCUUUGCUGGGAAGGUAGUUUGCAGCAGGCUAAAAUCUUAUUUCAACACAUGAGAAAUGUGAACCAUGAGCCGGAUGUGUACUCUUUCAACACAAUAAUUAAUGGAACUCUCAAAGCAGGAGAUUUUAAAUUUGCCAAUGAAUUGCUAGUGGAUAUGACUAAAAUGGAUUUAGUUCCUGAUGCUAUUACCUUCUCAAUAUUAAUAAAGGAGUUUUGCAAACGUGGGCAUUUGGAUGAGGCAAAUUCACUAUUCGAGAGGAUGAUUGCUAGUGGUCAUACGCCAGAUGCCUUUGUAUAUGAUUCCUUACUAAAGGGCUAUAGUUCAGUGGGAAACACAACACAAAUUAUUUAUUUGCUUCACCACAUGGCAGAUAAGGGUCUUGUUUUGGAUUCAAAAUUAACUUGUACUAUCUUAACUUGCCUUUGCGAUUGCUCAAAAGAUUUUAAUAUAAUAGAGAUUCUCCCCAAUUUUUUGCGGGAGACAUCAAAAGGAGCAAGUGUUACAUGCAAUGAGCUCUUAAUGAAACUGAACAAGGCUCAUCCAGAGCUACUUCUAUUACAAACUUCAUGAUGGAUCACGCUUUCAAGAGUGCUUCUUGAUCCUAUGUUUAGCUCUGUCAUGGUGCUCAGUGCUCUUAAAUUUUUUAAAGAUGAUGCACGCAAUUGCUUCUCCUUAUGAGAAUUGGGUAAUUCCUUCUCAUCUUUUUGUUUGUAUGGUGGUGGCACAGCUGAAUUGAUAACAUCUACUAGCCGAGGGAUGAAACUAGUAUGAAUUUGAUUUUAAAUGUGAUAAUUCGUCUUGGCUUCCUGCUGCUGGAAAAGCUGUAUGCAAUGUUCAAGCACUAUCAUUUUGUUGUGGCAGUAUUAGAUGAUUAUCUAUGUGAGAUAACUUUCAAUCAAACGUAUGAUUGUUUACAGAGGAAGUUCAGAAGAUUGUUGAGUGACUUGGUGAUUCGGAAAGUGCUUAUUUCUCAUUAGUUGAUUUUUCCUCUUUGACGUGGGCAUCUUGCUUUUUUACUGUCUGUCUGGGAUCCCUGUGGUUGACAUAGAAAGAUUGAAAAGCUUUGCAAGAUUUGUUGGGGGUAUGGGACUUGGAAUUUUCAGACUAUUCAUUUGGUUGGUAGAAGAUUGUCGUAAGUCUUAAAAUGAUGGAGGCUGCUGUCCUAAUAAUGUAGUGUCAAAUAACAUAACUCAAGCAGUGGAGCGGCUAUGGCAGUUUUCUUCGGAACCUAAUCCUCUGUUGCUGAAGUCUGCUGGUAGCGAAUAUAGGCUGGCUGCUCAUUUGAUAAUAUCAGGUAUCCUUGAUUUCAUUCUUGUAUCUCGUUAUAGUCCUUGGAUUUCUCUUGUUCUUGCAUGCGUCACUUUUUAGUAUUUAUGGUAAUACAGGAUAUUGUAUCGGGAAGAAGUUUUAAAGAGUAGAAACAACCCUAGGAAUAUAUAAGUCAGUACAAAUAACCCUAAGGCAUAUACAAGUCUGUUCCCGCACAAGGAGGGGAAUUAAUUCUGCCUGCAAAACUCUCUAUGAAAUGAAAUUGAUUCUCCUUGAUGAUGUCACUAAAAGCAGAUUGACCAUCCUAUCUUGAUAUAUAAGUUGACUAAAUUAAUUAUGACAUUUUUCUCAUCAAAAAAUUAGUCUCAAUCAUUUUUCUUAUGGUCUUUGAUUUGAUAGCCAACUGUUCUAGAAGUUUUGUGUUGUUAUUUUUCUUUUUUUCUUUUUCCCAAUGGAAGGUUAGCCAUCCCGGUGGAAUUCUGGACUUUUGAUUCUAAAGCAGUACUCAAGAGGAUUAAUAUAAAUGACGUGUUACGUUUUUGUGGGACUCAAUUGGCUCUUUCCUCUGAAGGUGUGCGUUGAGACUUUAGAAUUCAGAGAUAACAGUGGAAUUUUCUGACAUUUGAGGUUGCUUGGAAAGUUUGAAAUCAACUUUCUGUUAUCUUUGAGGUCCAAUGAGUAAACAAAUCUGUGAAUCCAUUUUAAAGUUUUUGGUUCAAGCAACGGUUUUAAGAUCCUUUCGUAAUGACGUUCUUGAGUGGUUAUAGUGCUUAUAAUUGGGGCAUAAUGGAUGGGAUCUAUAACUAAUCUCCUGUUGCAUUUCUUAUGGGAAAGGAUUGUUCAUUUGGCUUCUCUGUGGUUAUCACUCAUGGCCACACACGGGUUUGCUGAGAAGUUAGUAAGCUCUUUUGAGCCUUCAUUCUGCCACCUUUUUCCCGAUGAGUUGGAACCCGUCAGUGUUGCCGGUUGUGGUGCUUGCUCUAUUGUCACUUUGGUGUGCAUUCUGCAUUCUCCAACUAGCCAGGGAAGCUUUACAAAAGUCCCAGAAUGGUGUUUGGGGUGAAUGGUUAGUUCUCAAUGAAAACUUGCCUUGUUUCUUUCAUCCUUUACCUCUGCUAUCACAUGCUUCAUUUGAUUUAAUAAACACCAUUUGUGUAGGAUAUUUACUAUGUGAUCUAAUUGUAUUUGUAAUAUUCUGGACACAAUCAUCUUCUUGAAGAUUUUUCGAAUUAUAUAUUGUGCUUAAA